UAUCUCUCCAGGACAUCACUAUGAGGAAGGCGUUUAGGAGCUCCACCAUCCAGGACCAGCAGCUGUUUGCCCGCCAGUCGCUCCCCAUCCCCCUGCAGGAGACCUUUGACCUCUGCGAGCAGCCGCCACCGCUCAACAUCCUCACACCCUACAGGUCAGCUUCACAGCAACCUCCCUGCUGAUUGAAUAGUGUUAUUGCAACUUGACACCUUAUUGGUCAGCACCUCUACAGCCUAUGGAUUAGCCCAUUGACAUACCAGGAUGUCAUUGGUGAGCACCUCUUCAAUAUCACACCCCAUUGGUUAGAAUCUUAGCCUGUGUGUCUGUCUGUGUGUGAUAACACUACUGAUGCAACCACUGCAUUAUGGAUCACACCAAGCAAAAUACUACCAGGCCAAUAGCAGCUGUAACCUUAUAGGGACAACUGGGUGCUGGAUCUUUAUACUGUGUGGACGUGCGUGCUUGGUUGUCUGUUUGUGUGUGUGCACACUCCCCUGCAGGCGUGCGAAUGUGUGUGUCUUAUCUAUGUGUUUGUGUCUCUUCACACUCUCAGUCUGUCUUGGCUGUUAGCGCAGGCUGCAGGCCAGUCCGAGAGAUCGAGAGAUCGAGAGAGAGAGAGAGAGAGAGAGAGAGAGAGAGAGAGAGAGAGAGAGAGAGAGAGAGAGAGAGAGAGAGAGAGAGAGAGAGAGAGAGAGAGAGAGAGAGAGAGAGAGAGAGAGAGAGAAUAUCCAUGAUGAAACCCCAGCAAUCGAUCCAGAGCUUUUUAUUUGUCUGGCUUCUCAGCUGUGUGCGCGUACGUGUGUGCGAGCGUGUGUGUGUUUGUGACUGACUUUUGAGUUUUUUAUGAAGCCCAUAGCUAUUCAAGGCUGUUGACCUAGCCUGGCUGGUAGGACUGGGUAAUAGCAGAAGACCCUGUGUUAUCUUACUUGCAUUCAUUCAUUCAUGCAUGUGUGUGUGUAUGUGUGGAGAUUUGCUAUAAUAGCCUCUGUCUCUAUCUCCAUAUGCGCGCACACACACACGCACACACACACACACACACACAGGGGGUUCUGAGGAGACAGCUGCAAGUGUAGAUUACUCUGGUUUUAAAUCCAGGGUCGGUUUGUGUGUGUGUGGGUUUAACAAGCUACUGUAUGACUGUGGCUAAAGCUGACCCAGUGUCAGGUUAUGUGGGUUUAACAAGCUACUGUAUGACUGUGGCUAAAGCUGACCCAGUGUCAGGUUAUGUGGGUUUAACAAGCUACUGUAUGACUGUGGCUAAAGCUGACCCAGUGUCAGGUUAUGUGGGUUUAACAAGCUACUGUAUGACUGUGGCUAAAGCUGACCCAGUGUCAGGUUAUGUGGGUUUAACAAGCUACUGUAUGACUGUGGCUAAAGCUGACCCAGUGUCAGGUGUGUGGGUUUAACAAGCUACUGUAUGACUGUGGCUAAAGCUGACCCAGUGUCAGGUGUGUGGGUUUAACAAGCUACUGUAUGACUGUGGCUAAAGCUGACCCAGUGUCAGGUGUGUGGGUUUAACAAGCUACUGUAUGACUGUGGCUAAAGCUGACCCAGUGUCAGGUGUGUGGGUUUAACAAGCUACUGUAUGACUGUGGCUAAAGCUGACCCAGUGUCAGGUUAUGUGGGUUUAACAAGCUACUGUAUGACUGUGGCUAAAGCUGACCCAGUGUCAGGUUAUGUGGGUUUAACAAGCUACUGUAUGACUGUGGCUAAAGCUGACCCAGUGUCAGGUUAUGUGGGUUUAACAAGCUACUGUAUGACUGUGGCUAAAGCUGACCCAGUGUCUGCAGACAGAGAGUCAGGUGUGUGGGUAUUACUACUCAGUAGGCUGACAGACACAGAGCCUGUAGACAACGUGUGGGUUUAAUAGCUGUAUGGCUCUGUGUCUGUGUCUGCUCUAGGAUAAAUGUCAGCUGUUGAGCUAGUCUAUACUGAGAAGCAGCUGUAGAUAUUACUAUGGACUGCAUACAGACAGACACCUCUACCCAGCAUGUUCUCUGACCCCUCUAUAUAUAGACCACUUCUGAAGGACUCCUGGACCACUUUUUUAGUUUAUUUAGUUUCUGUACCCCCCCCCCCCCCCCCCCCCACACUUUUCUUCCUUCGAUAAAAGGGAAAAUAAAUACACAUAAAUAUGGGUUGUAUUUACAAUGGUGUUUGUUCUUCACUGGUUGCCCUUUUCUUGUGGCAACAGGUCACACAUCUUGCUGUGGUAUUUCACCUAAUAGAUAUGGGAGUUUAUCAAAAUUGGUUUGUGUAAUCUGAGGGUAAUAUGUGUCUCUGAUAUGGUCAUACAUUUGGCAGGAGGUUAGGAAGUGCAGCUCAGUUUCCACCUCAUUUUGUGGGCAGUGUGCACAUAGCCUGUCUUCUCUUGAGAGCCAGGUCUGCCAAUGGCGGCCUCUCCCAAUAGCAAGGCUAUGCUCACUGAGUCUGUACAUAGUCUCCUACAAAGCUUUCCUUAAUUUUGGGUCAGUCACAGUGGUCAGGUAUUCUGCUACUGUGUACUGUCUGUUUAUGGCCAAAUAACAUUCCAGUUUGCUCAAUUUUUUGGUUAAUUCCUUCCAAUGUGUCAAGUUUUCUCAUGAUUUGGUUGGGUCUAAUUGUGUUGCUGUCCUGGGGCUCUGUGGGGACCAGGACCAGCUUGCUUAGGGGACUCUUCUCUAGGUUAAUCUCUCUGUAGGUGAUGACUUUGUUAUGGAAGGUUUGGGAAUAACUUCCUUUUAGGUCAUUUUAGAAUUUAACGGCUCUAUAAUUAGCAGGUAUCGUCCUAAUUCUGCUCUGCAUGCAUUAUUUGGUGUUUUACAUUGUACACCAUAAAGGGCAAUAACUGAUUGAAGUAUUUUUUGCCACAUCCGUCAAAUGUUAUGUUCCUUUUGAUGGCAUAGAAUGCGUGAAGAAGAGAGAGAUAUGAGAUCCUAGCAUAUAGAGAGAGAGAGAUAGAUAUCUAAAUAGAGCAGAGAAUCAGAGAUAGGAAAGAGGAGGAUGAAGAGAUCUCCAGAGGAGAGCGAGAGAUGAUGAGAGAGAGAGAGAGAGAAGAGAGAUGAGAUAGAUUAUAAGAUAGGCGUAUCGAGUCCUAGCUCUCGCGUCUCUCUAUCUCUCUCUAGUUCUCUCUCUCUCUCUCUCUCUUCUCUCUCUCUCUCUCUCUCUCUCUCUCUCUCUCUCUCUCUCUCUCUCUCUGUAGGGGUCUGUCUGCAACACCUCAGGCUGUUAUUCUUCAGAUCCAGCUGCUGCUACCCUGUCACACACACAAUCACAAUAUAAACACUGUACUACUCAGUCAGAAUUUCUCAGACACACACCAAAUACACAUACACAUGAUGCACUCACACACACCCUACCCCUCUGUCACACUCUUCCCCAUAUUGUUGCAUAUCAUUAAACUUCCUCACCUACUUUAGAUGAUGUUCCUGUUCAUGUUUCCUCUUCCUCUCUUCAUCCAUCUGUCACAAUCACGCCCUCUCGUCAUCGAGCACAGCAUGGUAGUUAGGAGAAAGUGGUGCAUUAUGGGUUGUGUAACCCUUUAAACGCUGCAGGUGACUAAUGGAGAAACCAGUAUGAUGUUGUCAGGGCAGAAUAUGGCGCAGUUAGUGAGUUAGUUCAGCACCUUUUGCUGGUGUAACUGACUAGCAUGUGUAUGAGAGGGAGAGAGUGUCAAUGUGGCUAUUUGUGGGACUUGGGUGGGUGUGUGUGUGUGUGUGUUUGGUAAUUUAAUUCAUUGUCAUAGUGGAUUUGAAGUGAUAAUUUCCUCCUUCUCCUGGUCAAGGGUGAAGACAGGAGGAAAUUAAAGACAAAUGAAAAGAUAAAGAGAGAGAGAGAUCAAACUUGACUGAUCAGAGCGCAUCCCCCAUCCGCCUUCACUGGUUUGCAAGGCUCUGAGUAGACCUUAGAUCAGUGUCUAGGGGUAACUGUGGUUUCCUCCUGCAGGGAUGACGGUAAGGAGGGGCUGAAGUUCUACACCAACCCCUCCUACUUCUUUGACCUGUGGAGAGAGAAGAUGCUGCAGGACACGGAGGACAAGAGGAAGGAGAAGAGGAAACAG